CCCAAAAUUAUGGCCAUCACUAAAACCGAAAACCAAAAUCCGAUAGUGCCAGGACAUUCCAGGUUAGUAAGACUCAUAGCAAUAGUCUUGCUUGCACUAAUAGUCCUAGUUGGUCUAACAGUUCUCAUUAUUUGGUUAACCAUCAAACCGAAAAAGCUAGUCUACUACAUUGAUGAUGCCUCUAUCAACAACUACAAUUUAACCCAUCACAACCACCUAAAUGCGACCUACAGCUUUAUCCUUCGUGCACACAAUCCUAACAAAAAAGUAUCCGUUUACUACGAUAAAGUUGAUUUAUCAGUUUUAUAUGACGAUGAGGCGGUUAGCAGAGGGACUAUUGAUCCAUUUUACCAGCCCAAAAGAAACACAACCAUUUUUAAGUUGAAUAAUCUUGCAUCAUGUGAUGUGGCAUUGCCUGAACAAACUGCACGAGACAUCAAGGCGGAGAGGUCGUCGGGUCGAAUUGAGAUGAUUGUGAAGCUGAGAGCUAGAAUAAGGUUCAAGGUGGGAGUGUGGAAAUCAAGACAUUACCGCUUGAAAGUAACAUGUGAACCUGUUUUGGUUCAUUUCUCGACUUCCUCAAAAGGCUUUCAAUCGACCAAGUGUGAUGUUGAUAUUUGAUUGCUGGGUUGAAUCGUACGAGCAUUUGUUACAUUUUUUUUCAUAUUCUUUUUUCCCUUUUUCUUUUCAUUUUGUUGAUGUUGUUUACUAGUAUAAAAAUUUGUAAGUGUGAUUUAUUUAUUUGUAUGCUUAUUUACUUGUAUGUUUUCUUAUAUUAUUGAAUGAAUGCUUAUAUGCUUUACAA